AUGAACGUACUCCGUAACGAUGGUGCAUUUGGGUUUUAUACAGGCCAUGAUAGCAUGGGACUCUUCCGGAGUAUGAAGCCUGUUCCAGGGAUUUCAAAGGAUCCACUUCUUAGAAAGGGAGAUGUGACGACACCUCUUGUCUUCAGACUGUCUGUAAUUGAUGGCCACAUUCCCCUUGAAGACCUGCAGCUGGCCACACCAGUAGUCUUAGCAACAGAGGAGCUAGAACGAUGGUACAAAGACGAAUCUGUGAGAAGGACUGUCGUGCGAGAAGGUUCCCUAAGGGGAACUCUCUUCUUGCCUGAAGGAGAAGGUCCGUUUCCCGGGAUAAUAGACAUGUUUGGUUCCACUGGAGGGCUGACGGAGUUCCGUGCAGCUUUGUUAGCGUCCAGAGGUUUCAUUUCCUAUGCUCUUCCUUUCUUUGGGUAUGACGAUCUCCCACCGACAUUGGCUGACUUUGACUUUGAUUACAUUCUGGGUGCUGUAGACUGGUUUGCCUCUCAUCCAAGUGUACGGCAAGGAGGGAUCGGUGUAGUUGGUACCUCUCAGGGAGGUGACCUUUCAACCAGUCUGAACACCAUACUUCUAAUAAGACAUUGA